CAGGAUGUUUAAAAAGGUGUUUCACACCUGGAAAUGCAAGCUUACAUCAAAGAUCAGCAAUGAAGAUCACACUCGCUUGCAUCGCUCUCCUGGUUUUGGUUGUGGGCCACAGUGCCGAGGCCGUGCAGGUUGAGGAGAACGGCUUGUCUUUCUCCCUGGAGGCCGUCAAGAGGCUCCAGGAGAUGUUCGAGAACGUUGAAAUGCCGCUGCAGAACCCCAGGCUCCGAGCCAGCUUGCCAUCCAUGUGUGAGAAUCCUAUGCUGCCGCAGGAACUGCUGCCUCUGUGCAAGCAGAAGGGGGCUUCGGCGUCACUCGCGAGGCUAGCCAUGGUGCCACUUGAUGUCUGCGAGAUUUGCGCCUUCGCUGCCUGCUCCGGAUGCUAACCUGACACUGCAGAACUGAUUUUAAUUUUUUGUGUACUCAUUUCCUUUAUUUCAUUUUGUUUGCCAUGUCUUAAAGAAGGAAAAACAUGCUAAAAGCAGAGCAGAAAUUGAGGAGCUAUUAAGCGAAAGCUGUUACUUUAAAAAAAAAAAAAAAAAAAAAAAAAGGAAGAAAGAAAGAAAGAAAGAAAAAAGAGCAUGGACCGCCUUUUUUUGUCAUUUGUUUUAUAGUUGAAAUUGUUUUUGUUACAUUUCAAUCUGACCUUGCCUUUUGUACUUAUUUAAAUGUCUUCUUCUUUGUUAUUGUUUGGAAUAAAAAUGUGUGCAUUGCAAGUCACGUUCGCGUGCGUGUGGAUUUCAAACUUCAAUGGAUAACUGAACAGGAGAAAACACUAGGCUUUUUUUUCAUCCUCUCAAGUGGAAUGUUUGCACUCUCUUGGCACGUCUAUUCAACUAACACACAAUCUCUGAUAACUUGUUUUCUUCUAUUCCACUUCAUUCAUGGUGAAAA